AUGUGGGCGUCUCUCUUCUGGUUAGCCGCGUUGGCGACGCUCAGUAAGGCGUGCACGACGCCCAGCGUCACGACCGUGAGCAGGUCGCACGCGCCGGCCACCGUCUGCUCGGGCGCUCUCAUCUUCAACGAUGAGUUCGAUGAGUUCGACCUUGAGAAGUGGCAGCAUGAGAACACGCUUGGCGGCGGAGGUAACUGGGAGUUCCAGUACUACAGCAACAACCGCACCAACUCGUUCGUGCACAGCGGCAGACUGUUCAUCAGGCCCUCGAUGACGGCCAACCAGUUCGGCAACUCCUUCCUCGCUGAAGGUGUCUUGAACAUUCAUGGUGGAGCUCCUGCUGAUGCAUGCACCAACCCUCAGUGGUGGGGCUGCGAGCGUACCGGUACGCCCACCAACGUCCUGAACCCGAUCAAGAGCGCGCGCGUGCGCACCGUCAACUCCUUCAACUUCCGCUAUGGCCGUGUCGAGGUGCGCGCAAAGAUGCCUGCUGGAGACUGGCUGUGGCCUGCUAUCUGGCUGAUGCCUGCCAACGUGUACGGCUCCUGGCCAUCCUCGGGCGAGAUCGACCUGGUCGAGUCCCGCGGCAACCGCAACAUGCUCCACAACGGUCUGCACAUCGGCACCCACGAGGCGGGAUCUACCCUCCACUACGGUCCUUACCCGGAGCUGAACGGAUGGGAACGCGCACACUGGAUCAGGAGGAACACCAAUGGGUAGUAUAAUAGCAACUUCCAUCGGUACCAGCUUGAAUGGACACCAGAUUUCCUGAGGUUCAGCAUCGACGACGUGGAACUGGGCCGCAUAGCCCCGGGCAACGGCGGUUUCUGGGAACACGGCGGCUUCGCUGAAGGACGAGCGCUCAGCAACCCUUGGCGUUAUGGCUCCAAGAUGGCACCCUUUGACCAGAAGUUCUACCUCAUCAUGAACGUGGCUGUCGGCGGUACCCACGGUUUCUUCCCUGAUGGCGUCUCCAACCCAUCUCCCAAGCCUUGGUGGAAUGACUCUCCUACUGCUGCGACAGACUUCUGGCUCGCUCAGAACGCGUGGCUUCCGACCUGGAACCUGGACGUGAACGACGGACAGGACGCCUCUAUGCAAGUGGACUACGUGAGGAUCUGGGCUCUGUAAUAACCUUCGUGUUCAAUGAUGGAGUAGGGCCACGGUAGCUUGAAUAUACUGUAAAUAAACUCAUAUUUAUUAAAAUUGUACUUUAAUCGAG